UCUGAUUUUUAUUAUUUAACUCUCAUGAGAGUUUUAACAAGUACUCUUCUUUUUUGGAACAAAUAAAGAUGCUGUUUUUCCUAGUGAGUUUUAUUCCAAUUUCAGAAGUCACAAAGAAUGGAAUGUUUACUUGAUAUAUUAAAACAGCAAAUUAGGUAUUUUUGUCCUAAGAUCUCACGAAUCUCUCGGGCCUAUUCAUUCACAAAUAGAACCUCUUUUGUUUCCAUGUAACAGAGAAAUGUAGUAUUUGCCACUUUACCAGCUAGGAUAGUAGAGUUUUAUCACAAAUAAGCAAAAGAAUGGUUUACAUCGUUUUUGUUGUAAAAGCACCUUAUGAUCUUUAGAUGAAAGCUACCCUAAAUUGAGCUGAGAAUAAAGGAUUUAAAAGAGCUUGUUUUGAGGGCCAGGAGGGCAUCUUCUGGGCAGCUGGGUGGCCUGGAGUUGGAAGGCGGUUCCUGGCUGCUCAGUCAUGUCCAAGUCUUGGUGACCUCUAUGGGCCAGAGCACACUGGGCCCUUCUGUGGGAGCUCUUGCCCUGUGACAUAGAUGUUUGAGAUCUGGGUUCAGAUCCAGCCUCAGACACUGGGGCACCAUGGACAAGCUACUUUUAACUCCUUAAUUCUUGAUUAGAUGUUAACAAUUUUUGUUGCUGUUUUUCAGUUAUGUCUCUCUGUGUCCCCAUUUGAGGUUUUCUUGGCAAAGACACUGAAGCAUUUUGCAAUUUCCUUCUCCACCUCAUCUUACAGAUGAGGAAAUUGAGGCAAACAGGGAAAAGUGACUGACCCAAGGACAGCUAGUAAGUGUCUGAGGUUGGAUUUGAACUCAAGAAAAUAAGUCUUCCUGAUUCCAGGCCUGGAGUUUCUGGCAGGAGGGUGACCUCUAACUGCCCAAUUAUAAAGAGUAUGAUUAUAUAACUUGCCAUUCUGUCAGGAGGUUGAAAUAGAUAUUUUGUUUGGAAUUAUUAAUAAGCCUAUGGGCUUGUUAUAUUUUUCUUCCUGCAGACACCAGACUCAGUGUCCUCCUUGAUGUUUUUUCCAAGUAGAAUACGGUAAAAAAAAAAAAAAAAAGAAAGAAAGAGAGAGAGAGAGAGAGAGAGAGAGAAUCUUUAUCAUGAUUCUUAUUGCUUAGUACAUGCACUUAAAUGCCUCUUGUUUUAUGAACCAGGUGCCAGAACCACAGAAUGUUGAUCCUUCUAUGGUUCAAAUGACCUUUCUUGAUGAUGUUGUUCCCUCUCUGUUGAAAGGAGAAGAUAUUGGCAUCUCGUCACAUCGUACUUCUCGAUCUGCUCUGAGAAGCACCACUAUUCACGAUCUUUCUACACUGGCUGAAGCCAGUAGCCCCUGGUCAGCUAUGAAUCCCCAGAACCAACACCACCAGCAGCAGCAGCAGCAGCAGCAACAGCAACAGCAGCAACAGCAGCUGCAGCAGCAGCAGCUACAGCAGCAACAGUUACAGCAGCAGCAGCUACAGCAGCAGCAGCUACAGCAGCAGCAGCUACAGCAGCAGCAGCUACAGCAACAACAACUACAGCAACAGCAACUACAGCAACAGCAACUACAGCAACAGCAGCUACAGCAACAGCAACUACAGCAGCAACAGCUACAGCAACAGCAGCUACAGCAACAGCAGUUGCAGCUGCAGCAACAGCAACUGCAGCAACAGCAGCUGCAGCAACAGCAGCUGCAGCAACAGCAGCUGCAUCAACAGCAGCUGCAACAACAGCAGCUGCAGCAACAGCAGCUGCAACAACAGCAGCUGCAGCAACAGCAGCUGCAACAACAGCAGCAACAUCGAAACAUUCGACUGAACAAGAGAAAAGGCUCAGAUAGUAGCGUACCAGAUGAAGAGAAGAUGAAGGAAGAUAAGUUUGAUUACCUUGGCCGUGGAGAAAGUCUUAAAAGCAAAAAUAAACACUUUCUUAAAAGAAGAAAAAUUGAUGGGGAUGAAAAAAAGGUACCUUUAAAGAGAUUUCGAGCCGACCACAUUUUAGACAAUUCUGACAGCAGUGACUCAGAAAAUACAAAUAAAAGAAUGACAAAUCCACCUUUUCAGCACAUUCCUGAAAGUGAUGUGAGGAAUAUAAACAAUUCUAAUAUCAAUGGAGAUGAAGGAAAUUCCCAGCGUGGUGAGGGGUCAGAGGAAGCAACAGUAAGUCGUCAGCCUUCAUGGGGUCCAGUACCAGAAGAAAAGAAACGUGAAGAAGAAAAGAACAUUCUGAAGCCAGCUAGCCUUGAGCUGCAAGAUAGGCCUCUAUUCAGCGCCUCAGAUGAAUUUCUCUUUUAUGAUCCCAAUGCCACUCAAGACGGCAAAGCAGAGAAAACCCGUCCUUUAGAAUUCUUACCGAAGGAUCAGUUUUCACCCAAAGAAGCUUCACCAAAAGAUGGUACUGACGUUACAAAUGAAGGUGGUGCAGAUAAGGUGGCUCAGGACAACUCCACAAGAAUCUUUGGUUUUCAGCCACUUCAGAAACUGGAUACUUUUGGUAGCGAAUCCAAACUUGUAUUUCCCAAUGCACAAUAUUUAGAACCAAGGAAAAAGGAUUCUGAAACGAGCUGGGUUAGCAGCAUUGUGAACAAACCAAGUUUGUCAGGGCCCAGUGUUAUGAACCCAUUAGCUGUAAAUGAGCCUGUGAGUGCUGAAAAAGAUAAAAAUCUAUUCGGAACUUAUCGUACUUCAUUAAAUGUAGUUUCUCUAACUGAUGACAGCAAACUGCAUAAGCAAAGUCCACCACCCCCUGAGGUUACGCAGCCCAAAUUCGGUUCCUUAGCCGAUGCAUCCGCACCAAAAUCCAAUCCUUUACUUGAUGGUCUUCAACAACUUACUCAUUCUCCUGACUCUGUGAAUCCUAAGAAUAGCUUCUCAAAUGGUGGCCCUGCCAUGGGAGAGAGAAGGUUGACAAAUAAAACCGAACAUGACUUGCCAAGAUCUAGUUUUCAUCCAGUUCCGACUCGUGUCAAUGCAUUAGAAACCAAGAGUCCUCUUAUCAUCGAUAAAAACGAGCAUUUCACAGUUUACAGAGAUCCUGCGCUUGUUGGGCAAGAGACAGGAAAUAAUCAUGUUUCAUCCUUCUUAAACCAGCAUUCUUACCCUCUUCAUUCUCCAUCCCAUAGAACUUGUCUCAAUGCCAGCGCUCAUCAACCUACUUUAAGUGCCCCUCCCCCCCACCUGAUGCCUGGCUCUUCAAACCAAGCCCCUUUGCCUCCUAUCAGUACCCAUCCUCUGAACACUGCCCCUCCUCCCCACCCUCCUGUUCAUCACCCUCAUUUGCUUCCGGCAGUGUUACCUGGAGUGCCUCCAGCCCCCUUAAUGGGUGGCCACCCACGGCUAGAGGCUGCUCACGCCAGCAGCUUGAGCCAUUUAGCCCUAGCACACCAGCAGCAGCAGCAACAGCAGCAGCCGCCGCCACAGCCACUGCCACAGCAACUGCCACAGCCGCUGCCACAGCAACUGCCACAGCAGCUCCCACCACAGCUGCCACAGCCGCUGCCACAGCAGCUCCCACCACAGCUGCCACAGCCGCUGCCACAGCAACUGCCACAGCAACUGCCACAGCCGCUGCCACAGCAGCUCCCACCACAGCUGCCACAGCAGCUCCCGCCACAGUUGCCACAGCAGCUCCCACCACAGCUCGCGCAGCAGCUGGCGCCGCAGCAGCUGAUGGCACAGCAGAUGCCGCCGCAGCAGAUGCCACCGCAGCAGCUGAUGCCACAGCAGAUGCCGCCACAGCAGAUGCCGCCACAGCAACUGCCACAGCAGCUGCCGCCGCAGCAGCCACCAUCUCAGCAGCCACCGCAGCCGCAAAUGCUACAGCAUCCACCACCUCAUCUCCUUGGACAAGCACAUCAGCUCGGACUCUAUCCAAUUAUUUGGCAGUAUCCUAACGGGACCCACACUUACCCGGGAGUCAACCUACCCUCUAAUAAGUGGGUCCACCCAGAGAACCAAGUGAAUGCCGAGGCCCCCAUGCGGAGGAAUACUCCCAGUCCUUGGUUACAUCAGCCCACCCCUGUGACCUCUGCUGAUGGUCUUGGGUUACUGAGUCACAUUCCUGUCAGGCCAUCCAGUGCAGAACCGCAACGGCCCCUUAAAAUGACAACUCAUUCUAGUCCACCGUUGUCAAAAACGUUAGUAGAUCAUCACAAAGAAGAAUUGGAGAGGAACGUUUAUAUUGACCCUCUCCGGGCUGUUGUACCCGCACCAACCCAGAAUGAUUUGGAGCGAAUGGCGGCUGGAAAAGACAGUCACUUACACAUGCAUUUUGUGGAUCCAAUGAUGGCUCAGUUACAGAGGCCACCUCAGGAGAGUGGAGAGAGGCUGAAUCAGUAUAAAGAGGAGCACCAAAGGGUCCUUCAGGAAAGUAUUGAUGUUGCCCCUUUCACAACCAGGAAGACUCUCGAGGCGGAGAGAGAAAAUUAUGUCAGAAUCAACCCGUUGGCCUCUUCCAGCCCUCACGGCCAAACCUCUAAACAAGACAUAGAUGGGGACAUGUCAAACCUGUAUCAAAUGCAGCACGCUGCGCCUCAGACUUUACCACCAAGUAACUAUUACACCACUAUAUCAAACAGUGUAGUGAAUGAACCACCACAAACAUUCCCGCCCAAAGAGAUAACCGCCCUGUACAUGGACAAAUUGGGUCCUGGCACUACAGUGCCCAAUCCUCAAGCCUUGACUUCAUUUAUGCCGUCACUUUCAAAGCCCCCGCCUUUGAUUAAACACCAACCAGAGGCAGAAGGCCUGGGAGGCAAGAUGGUAGAGCAGCUUCCCCAGCAAAUCCCGACGCACUCCUUGGCUACUUUUGGAAGUGACUGUCGGAGUCCGACCCAUUUGGCGGUUUCUUCCUCGAACCCCAUGCGGAGUAUGCCUGCGCUACACAGAGCACCCGUUUUUCACCCACCGAUCCAUCCCGGUCUGGAGAGAAAGGAAAGCACCUAUAACAGCCUUUCCCCUCCAACCUUGACUCCAGUUUUGCCAGUAAAUGCUGGUGGAAAACUCCAAGAGCUACAGAAACCUCCAACUCUAGUGCCCGAGCCAAAAGAUGCUCAGGCAGCCUUCAAGAUCGCCCCUGACCAGAGCCUGUCCGAUAUGUGGCGGUCUCCUCAUUCUCUCGGCAGUGAGAAGUCCCUGUGGCACAUGGAGAAGCCCAGCGGGAAGUCGCUGGCCCCCGCCACAGCCUCUGUCAUCGUACGUCCCUCUUCAAGCAUGAAGUACGACGGCGUGCCAAUGAUGCAGCCAAUGCCCCGGGAGCGGGGCAGCUCCUCGACCGGCCUGAAUCCAGCAGAUCCCUGGAAAAUGGCAGAGGCCAGAGAUGCCGGGAGACUCCUCUUUCCCAGUUCGAACUCGAGCUUUUCUCACGCCCAGUACGAGAAGAGCUUCGACGCCGCUUCGCAGAGCAGCGUCUCUGGCCCCCUCCUUGUGCCUAUCACCACCAGUUUUACAUGCAACGCCAAAGCGGACAUAACCCCCGUUGUUGCCACCUCCAACAGCAACACCUCCAGCUGGGGUAGCUCAGAGUUAACCUACUCCUUAUCGACUCCGAUCUUGGCCCCCGCAUCUCUACAGUACAUUUCUUCAAGGAGCGUGGGUCAGCUAACAGCCCACUCGCAAGAACGCCGCGUCGUGCCGACAAUGUCCACUAACAAGAUCAACAGGGCAGCCCAUCUCAGCAGCCCAUUCUCCAGCUCAGCAGAAUUUAUCCACUUGAAGAAACAUAAGGCUGCAUUGGCUGCGGCCCAGUUUAAAGCUAUUCUUACCUUCGAUGACGAGCCUCCUACUGAAAAAAGCCCGCCGGAUCCGGGUCUCACUGCCCUCGAGAUCCCUGUCGGCCGCAGUAUGUUGGGGAACAAGGCGCACACCCUUAGCAGUGGGCAGAGCUCCCAGAAACAGCCCAAGCACCACACCAAGCUGAAAAAGGCCUGGCUCAACAGACAUUCCGAGGAAGACAAAAACACUAACCGGGUGGAGAUUCCAGGAAGCACCGUGUCCGAGAUGAUCAAGCCGUGCUCUGUCAAUCUCAUAGCCUCCACAUCUACCGAGCUACACGGCAGCAUGGAGAUUAAGGUCCUGGGAGAGAAGGCCAGAGACGAUAAAGCUGGCAGAAGGAAGCUGAAGAGGACCUACGAGUCCGGCUCUGAGAGCGGAGACUCAGAUGGGAGCGAGAGCAAGGCUGAGCAGAGGACCAAGCGCCAGCCCAAGCCCACCUACAAAAAGAAGCAGAAUGACUUACAGAAGAGAAAGGGCGAACCUGAGGACGAAAUAAGGCCCAACGGCCUUCUCAGCAGGAGUUCUCGGGAUAAGAGCAAGCUCAAGCUGCCGAGCAGCAGCAGCAGCGCUGGCAUCCCCCGUUCCGUAUUAAAAGAUUGGCGUAAAGUCAAGAAGCUAAAGCAAACUGGGGAGUCCUUUUUGCAGGAUGACUCCUGCUAUGAAAUAGGUCCCAAUCUCCAGAAAUGCAGAGAAUGCAGACUUUUUAGAAGCAAGAAAGGGGAAGAACCUACCCACUCUCCUGUGUUCUGCAGAUUUUACUACUUCCGACGAUUGUCCUUCAGUAAAAAUGGAGUCGUCAGAAUCGAUGGCUUCUCAUCUCCUGACCAAUAUGAUGAUGAAGCCCUGAGUUUAUGGACACAUGAAAAUUAUGAGGAUGACGAACUAGACUUGGAGACUUCCAAAUAUAUCUUGAAUAUUAUUGGUGAUAAGUUUUGUCAGUUAGUAACAUCCGAAAAAAUAGCUUUGUCCUGGGUGAAAAAAGAUGCCAAAAUUGCCUGGAAAAGAGCAGUGAGAGGCGUCCGUGAGAUGUGUGAUGCAUGUGAAGCAACGUUGUUUAAUAUUCAUUGGGUCUGCCAAAAAUGUGGAUUUGUGGUCUGCUUGGAUUGUUACAAAGCAAAGGAGAGGAAGAGUACAAGAGAUAAAGAGCUGUAUGCUUGGAUGAAAUGUGUCAAAGGACAGCCUCAUGAUCACAAACACUUGAUGCCAACCCAGAUCAUCCCAGGCUCUGUUUUAACAGAUCUUCUAGAUGCGAUGCACAAUCUUAGAGAAAAAUUUGAUAAUCCAUCUCUUUGCCAUUGUUCAAACAAACCGAAUAUACAAGUUGGGAGACUUCCUGCGGUGAAUGGAGUGUCUCAGGUUCUGCAGAAUGUCCUUACUCACAGUAACAAAAUUUCUCUGUGCCCACCUGAGUCUCAGCAGCUGGAUUCCCCUCAAAAGUCUGAGGCUGCUGGAAAUACUAGCCCUGAGAGUGAUGUAAGCACCGACAGCAAGUCAACUCCUCCCGAAUCCCAGUCUCCACUCCAUUGGUUAGCCGAUCUGGCUGAACAGAAAGCCAGAGAAGAAAAGGAAGAAAACAAAGAAUCUUCCCUUGAAAAACCUGUGAAUGAAGAACAAGACCAAGAUAACUCUGAUUCUCCCGACGACGGCACAAGCUCCCUUGCUGUGUCCCAGAAUAACGAACAAGGAUCCACCUUACGAGACUUACUGACCACAACCGCAGGCAAGCUACGCGUCGGCUCCACAGAUGCAGGCAUUGCCUUCGCUCCCGUGUAUUCCACAGCCGCCCCGAGCGCCAAAACUGGAAGGACUGUGCCAAACAUUCUCGAUGACAUCAUUGCUUCAGUUGUAGAAAAUAAGAUCCCACCAAAUAAAGCCUCAAAGACAGAAGAAGGAAAAGAAGGAGAAGCAGAAGAAACCGGAGAAGCAGAAGAAACCGGAGAAGCAGAAGCGGCAGAAACAGUAGGAGAAGCAGGCGAAGGAGAAGCAAAAGCAGAAGCAGCAGGAGAAGCAGAAGAAACAAGAGAAGCAGGAGAAGUAGAAGCAGCAGAAGCAGCAGAAGCAGCAGAAGAAGCAGAAGGAGCACAAGCAGCACAAGCAGCAGAAACAACAGAAGCAGCAGAAGCAGUAGAAGCAGUAGAAGCAGCAGAAGCAGCAGAAGCAGCAGAAGGAGCAGAAGCAGCAGAAGCAGCAGAAGCAGCAAAAGUACCAGAAGAAAAAGAAGAAGCAGAAGAAGCGGAAGUAAAAGAAGUAGAAGAAACUAAAGAAGCAGAAGGAGAAGAAGCUGAAGGAGAAGAAGUGGAAGAGGAGGCUGCUGAAGACAGCCAAACAAUUGUCCUAGAUGAGGGGGAUCAGUUGUCUGAGGAUGUGCCACAUUCAUGGAUAUGUGAGAAACAAGUCUUGUGGCUCCAAGAUCACAAGAAUAACGAUAAUUGGAAACUUUUCAAACAGUGCUGGAAACAAGGCCAGCCUGUAAUGGUUUCUGGUAUUCACAAGAAAAUGAACAUCGGCUUGUGGAAAGCAGAGUCCAUUAGUCUCGCUUUUGGAAACCACCACGCCGAUCUCCUGAAUUGCAAAGACAGCGUUACUUCAAACACCAACGUUAAGGAAUUCUGGGAUGGUUUUGAAGACUUUUCAAAACGUCAAAAAAUGAAAAAUGGAGAAACAGUUAUUUUAAAACUCAAAGACUGCCCUUCAGGAGAAGACUUCAAAGCUAUGAUGCCGGCAAGGUAUGAUGAUCUGUUUAAAAGCCUGCCGUUACCUGAAUAUUGUAAUCCUGGAGGAAAAUUCAAUUUGGCCUCCCAUUUGCCUGGAUUUUUUGUUCGUCCAGACCUAGGACCCAGGUUGUGUAGUGCAUAUGGUGUGGCUGCUGCUAAAGAUCAUGACAUUGGAACAACAAAUCUUCACAUCGAAGUUUCUGAUGUUGUCAACAUUCUAGUUUAUGUUGGCAUAGCCAAAGGAAAUGGAGUCGUCUCAAAAUCCGGCGUCCUGAAGAAGUUUGAAGAAGAGGACCUGGAUGACAUUGUAAAGAAGAGACUGAAAGACUCCACCGAAACUCCCGGUGCUCUGUGGCACAUCUUCUCGAGCCAAGAUGCCGACAAGAUAAGGGAGUUUCUCAAGAAGAUUGCAAAAGAACAGGCUCUCGAAGCCCUACCCGAACAUGACCCUAUCCGUGACCAGAGCUGGUACGUGAACAAAAAACUCCGUCAGAGGCUGCUGGAGGAGUACGGAGUGAAGACGUCCACGGUCGUCCAGUUUCUUGGUGAUGCUAUUAUUCUGCCAGCAGGUGCACUGCACCAGGUGCAGAAUUUUCACAGCUGUAUUCAGGUGACUGAAGACUUUGUGUCUCCAGAACAUCUUGUACAAUCAUUUCACUUAACACAGGAACUAAGGUUGCUAAAGGAGGAAAUCAACUAUGAUGACAAACUGCAGGUCAAAAAUAUCUUAUACCAUGCAGUUAAAGAAGCAGUCAGAGCUUUGAAGACACAUGAAGAUGAAAUGGAAGAAUUGGAGGAAAAUUAAGUGCUCUUCGAUUGGAUUGGGGCUUGUGGGCUCCUAUAUGAAAAUCAGUGUGCACGUUUCUUAUUUAAAUUUCACAAACCAUCAGUGCCAAGAAAAUCUAUUAAGAGUAUUGCUUGUUAUUGGCACCAUAGUAACGUAUUUAUAGAUUCAUGUGUCCCAGUUGUUGUGUUUUAAUGUUCGUUGUAACCGUGAGUACAGUUCUGCUGCUGUGUCUGUAUUAUAGUGUACAUGGAGUUUGUGAAGAUGUCAGAUUGAAAUGAUGUAUUUAUUUUUUUGCAAAAAAAAGACAAAAAAAAAUCCCCCUGAAAGUCUAUGCUAUAUUGUGAUCAGUUGUAAAUGUGAUCCCUUGUACAGUUUGCUAAAAUUAAACCGAUUAUUUUUCACUACAUUUUUUGAGACAGUUAACUGUGAGAGUAGUCCAUGAACACCAGCUAUUGCCUGCACUUGGGAAAUUGCUGAUUCGCACAGCAGUCUUUAUCAUUUGAGAUUACUGCCAAAUAAGUGUAAAAUUUGUAAAGUACAAAGUAUAUAAACGUAGAUGUGAAAUACAGACCCUUCAAUUGUUUAUUGAAGUUAUUCAGUGUACAAUUAAACAUUUUCAAAAGGUGUAAUUUAUUUAAAAGUGUCUCAUUUUGGUAAAGUUUAUGUGGAACUUUUAAAGCUAAAUAUUAAACUUAAAUAUGCUAUGUAAAUAUAUACAUAUAUAUACAUUCAAUGAUGUAUUUUUUUAAAACAUUGGCUUGCUUUAUUUGUUAAAGUGCAAGUGUUACACAUGGCUUUGUACAUUGACGUAAAAAGGGGUUUUACAUUUUCCAUUUAAAUGACUUUAUUCGAUGUUGCUUUGCUCCCUGUUUCUCCAGUUUGUGCACUGGGUAUGGUGUUGGUAGAAAACGUUUUCUUGAAGCUAUGCGAUGUUUUCAUUUUCAUGCCUUCUCCCCUUUCUCUCUAGUUGUUUUCUUGGAAAUAAUAGACUAAUUGCCCGUUUGUAUAGGACUAUGUGAUGAAGACUAUAUGGUUCAUUUUGGUGUCUUUUGGUUGUGUGUAUUUUCUUUCGAUGUGUGGGGAAACUAAAAUUGGCUGGGGGAGGGGGGGGGGGGAGGGGGAGGGGGGAGGGAGGGAAUUCACUUCUAAGUAACAAAAGUAUCUAAAGUAUCAAAUGUAACAAAAGUAUCAAAAGUAUCAAAAGUAACAAAAGUAUCAAAAGUAACAAAAGUAUCAAAAGUAUCAAAAGUUAAGAGAAACAAUAAAAUAGAAGUUGAAAGCC